AUGAUCGAUCAAAAUCAAUGGAAGCGGAAGGAUUUGCAGGAAAUUCAUUUCCGCCAUUUCGAAGGACGAUCGAUGGGAUUUUUGGACGACAGCGGCGUGAUCCUGGACGACGGGUCCGGCAUGGGCGGCAUGGACGGGAACGGGAUGGCGACCGGGUUCUCCAUGAUGCUUGGCGGGACGGGCGGCGGCCACGGGUCCGCGUCCAUGGGCCACCCGCACAUGGGCCACCAUCAUCACCCGCACACGCACCACGGCGCCUACCAGCAGCACCACCACGCCCACCAUCAACCCAUGCAUCCCGUGGGCCAGGGCAACAGCGGCAUGAGUUCCAGCCAGCACCUGGGCACGGUGGGCCCGUUCCCGUCGCGUCCGUCGCCGAGUGCGGACGGCGUGCCUGGCCAAGAGCGCUAUUCUCGCAAGGUUUUCGUCGGCGGACUGCCGCCUGAUAUUGACGAAGGACGAUCGAUGGGAUUUUUGGACGACAGCGGCGUGAUCCUGGACGACGGGUCCGGCAUGGGCGGCAUGGACGGGAACGGGAUGGCGACCGGGUUCUCCAUGAUGCUUGGCGGGACGGGCGGCGGCCACGGGUCCGCGUCCAUGGGCCACCCGCACAUGGGCCACCAUCAUCACCCGCACACGCACCACGGCGCCUACCAGCAGCACCACCACGCCCACCAUCAACCCAUGCAUCCCGUGGGCCAGGGCAACAGCGGCAUGAGUUCCAGCCAGCACCUGGGCACGGUGGGCCCGUUCCCGUCGCGUCCGUCGCCGAGUGCGGACGGCGUGCCUGGCCAAGAGCGCUAUUCUCGCAAGGUUUUCGUCGGCGGACUGCCGCCUGAUAUUGACGAAGAGGAGAUCACGGCGAGCUUCAGGCGAUUUGGUGCGCUUAUCGUCGACUGGCCUCACAAAGCGGAGAGCAAAUCGUAUUUUCCUCCCAAGGGCUACGCUUUUUUGUUGUUCCAGGAGGAGAGCUCGGUUCAGGCUUUGAUCGACGCGUGCAUCCAGGACGACGACAAGCUGUACCUGUGCGUGUCGUCGCCGACGAUCAAGGACAAGCCGGUGCAGAUCCGCCCGUGGCGCCUCACCGACGCGGACUACGUGCUUGACGCAUCCAUGCCGCUGGAUCCGAGGAAGACCGUUUUUGUCGGCGGCGUCCCGCGUCCGCUGAAAGCUGUGGAGUUGGCGACGAUCAUGGACAGACUGUAUGGCGGGGUUUGCUACGCCGGGAUUGACACGGAUCCGGAACUGAAGUAUCCCAAGGGAGCCGGGCGAGUGGCCUUCUCCAACCAGCAGUCGUACAUCGCUGCCAUUUCUGCUCGUUUUGUGCAACUUCAGCACGGAGACAUCGACAAGCGCGUGGAGGUGAAGCCUUACGUUCUGGACGACCAGAUGUGCGACGAGUGCGGUGGGCAGCGUUGCGGCGGCAAGUUUGCUCCGUUCUUCUGCGCCAACGUGACUUGCCUGCAGUACUAUUGCGACUCUUGCUGGCUGACUAUUCACUCGCGUCCGGGACGAGAGAGUCGCUUGUUCUUGGGAAAUUGGAACCCCAGCUUUUUCUACGUUUAA